AUGAUCCAAAGCCAUUGUUAUUCCUUUUCUGGUAUUAUCAUUACUGUCUAUUGCUGCCUCCUAAUCCAAGCUCUUGCUUCUCCUACGGUCCACUUUUGCCGCCAUGACCAGAAGAAGGCUCUUUUGGAAUUCAGAGACGAGUUUCCGACUAGUGAGUUUAACGCAAGUCCAUGGAAUAAGAGCAGUGACUGCUGUCAUUGGAACGGUGUCACAUGUGAUGAUCGAUAUGGCCAGGUGAUAUCACUCGACCUCUCUAUGACGUCUCUCAACAGUUCUUUGAAAGCUAAUAGUAGCCUUUUUAGACUCCAUUAUCUUCGUCACCUAAAUCUUAAUUGGUGCGAUCUCCAAGGAGAAAUUCCUUCUUCACUAGGAAACCUUUCUCACCUCACACUUGUUGACCUUUCUUCUAAUAGUUUGAUAGGUGAGAUUCCAACUUCAAUAGGGUACCUCAACAAUCUAAGAGAGCUUUCCUUUGAGUUUAACAAUCUUACAGGAGAGAUCCCUUCCUCACUAGGAAACCUUUCUCGUCUCAGGCUUGUUGACCUUUCUUGUAAUAGUUUGAUAGGUGAGAUUCCAGCUUCAAUAGGGUACCUCAACAAUCUGAGAGAGCUUUCCUUAAAGGUAAACAAUCUUACAGGAGAGAUUCCUUCUUCACUAGGAAACCUUUCUCGUCUCACACUUGUUGACCUUUCUCAGAAUAAUUUGAUAGGUGACAUUCCAGCUUCAAUAGGCUAUCUAAACCAUUUGAGAGAGCUUAUCUUUGAGGUUAACAAUCUUAGAGGAGUGAUUCCUUCUUCAAUAGGAAACCUGAAUGAACUAAGAGUCAUGGAUCUUAGCGGCAAUAGUUUAAGCGGCAAAUUUCCUAUUUCAUUCGCCAAUUUAACGAAGCUUACUUAUUUUGACAUCAACUCUAAUAACUUCACAUCCAUGCUUCCAUCAGACAUGAGUGGAUUUCACAACUUGGAAAGUUUCAUUGUUUCUGAAAACUCAUUUGUCGGGCCUUUCCCUAAAUCAUUGUUCUCAAUUCCUUCAUUAAAAUUUUUAUAUUUGGAAGAAAAUCAAUUCACGGGACCUAUACAGCUUGGGAAUUCAUCUUUGUCAUCCUUUGAGCUUAAGAAUCUAGACCUUUCUGAUAACAGCUUUGAUGGCCCAAUCCCGGAAUACAUAUCUGAAUUUAUCAAACUCACCGAUUUACACCUUGACCACAACGAUUUCACUGGAUCAAUCCCAAGAUCUUUAUCAAAGUUGGUCAAACUCGGGAGUUUACAUCUUUCGUACAAUAGGUUGACAGUUUGGAGAACACCUCACAAGAAACAGGAGUCUUGUUUUUGGAUCUGA